AUGAAGAACAUUUUCACAAUCACCGCUCAACAACUUGGGCGAGGGCCGGUACGCUUCGACUGGCAGAAACGCGUUUCCACAUAUCUGGCCGUUGUCGGAGUGAACAACACUGCCAAUAUUUAUGAUCGACAUGGGCAGUUUGUGGAUAGUGUACCGCUCACAUCAGAGUGCACGGGGCUUGAAUGGGCCCCCGAUGGCGGUAUCUUGGCUAUUAUUCAAGCCAAGUCAACAAAGGUCCUAUUCUGGGACGCAGACAACCGACGGUCGACGGAAUCACUGGAUACAAACAUGAAAAACCUACAAUUUCUCAAGUGGUCACCAAAAGGAGAUCUGCUAGCUGUGGGAACAUCUCGAGGAAACCUGUUGAUUUACGAUCGAAAGGAGCGAAAGGAAGUUCCCAUUAUGGGAAAACAUUCAAAGGCCAUUGUCACCGGUUGCUGGAGUUGGGACAAUAUACUGGCGUGCGGAUCUGAUGACCGAACGUUCACACUUUCCAACGCUGAUGGUGACACGGUAUUUUCAAUGGGGCUGACCGGAGAGCCGUCGCAAAUGCAGUGGGCAAACAUGAAGAAUGCCCACGGGAGUCAGGAUCCUGUACUGUCAACCAUCAUUGCGGACAAAACCCUCUUCAUUCACAACGUCAAUCACCCGGAUUCCCCGGUCGAACUCGCCUUCCAACCUAAAUAUGGAAGUGUUGUUUCAUACCAGUGGUUCGCUGAAGGCUACGUGCUGGUCGGGUUUUCGACCGGAUAUCUCAUAGUGAUAUCCACCAAUGACAAUGAUAUGGGCCAGGAGAUAUUUUCUACAAGGAACCACAAGGGAUCACUCAGCCAUGUCGCCAUCUCAAGCGUAUUGGGUAAAGCGGCGUCCUGCGGUGACAAUACGAUCAAGGUUCACGAGCUUUCAGAUCUAAGAGAUGUUUAUGCGGUCGAGACGGUUGAGGAUGAAAGCGCAGUGGAUCGGCUACAAUGGUCUGAUGAUGGGCAGUUCCUCACAGUCAGUACCAAGGAGGGAUCAAUUUAUACAUAUUUAGCUCGUAUGCCCAUGAUCGGCGGAGUGUGGAGCACUCUCGUAGCACACUUGACAGGCCUUCGAGAGAUAACAAUUCACGAUCAAGCUAAAACACAACGAAGCCAAGUACAACGGAUGCUAAAGAAAGAACUAGAGAUUGAGCCAUCAGUUGUUGCAUUAGGUGGAUCAUAUCUAGGUGUGGUGUCGCAAAAUCGCGCGGGAUUUUACAAUGUUAAAAAGGCAUUGGGUAAUAGUGCACGAGAAGGAGAUGCACUGGAAACCGAGAGUGACGAGCCGCCCGUCAUGAUAAAGGAAUAUCAAGGCCCGUUAAAGUCAUUCUCAAUGAACCCAUUUUAUGCAGCUGCUCUCCUGUCAGACGGCAGACUGGAAGUUCAUGCAAUUGCCGACGACACCUCAGACCAAGUGAAGGGAGACGAACAACGAUUGGACUAUCACAGCCUGACUCGGAAAUGCAAGCCACCAUCAGUAGAGGUGCUCGAGAAGAUCUUUCCUGAACGGAUGGAAGAAAAAAAAGCGGGAGGGGCGGCUACGAUUACUUGUACAGCAUUGACGCAGGAAUGCGUAAUUUAUGGGACGUCAAUUGGAGACUUAAAAUACUACUUGCUGGACGAGUGGGCACUUGUAGGGGAACUGAAACACAAGAAAGGAAUACAAAGCGUAUAUCCGCAACCACGAGGAGGAACAAAAGUCAUCUUCAUUGAUGCGGUGAACGACGGAUACCUGACUGACCCCGCUACAAACAGCGUGAUGGCAAUCCCAAGAUGGUCUGCCAAGACUCAAGGGGUGCUAUGGGAAUCCGACUCGCCACCAAGUCGCUCUAUAUUCAUCAGCUGGGAUGAUGCCUACAUCACCACGUAUGCAUAUCAACCAUUUACGAUCAAAGGACCAGUAUGCAUUGCUUUGGGCGCAACCAAACUGCCUUUUGGACUGAAACCAGUGUUGAUGUUGAGCGGCGAGGUUACAUGUCAGACGGUUGCCGGGCGAAUUUCAACGGUCCAAUUGGCUACACACGAAAUAGUGCCAGCCGAUCAGUUUAUGAAAGAUAAACAAAGCGAGCAGGACCAAGGGAAAGGGCUUCAACUUUAUUAUACUCUGGGAAUGCUCAAAGAAAUCUGGCCUCUCAUUGGGACCGUCAAAGCGCGGAAACCAUGGAUCAUGCUAGCAGAAGCGGCAUUGCGUGUUUUGGAUUUGAAAACUGCCAAGCGCAUCUACAGACAGGCGUUGGCAGAUGCUGGGAUGGUCUUUUCGUUGCAGAGACUCGAUAAUGUGGAGGAAAAGAACUUACUGGCAGGGCAUGUGUCGGCUAUUUUCGGUGAUGUGUCGGCUGCACAGGAAUACUUUGUUCAAAGCACAUAUCCAAAGGCUGCUCUUGAACUCAGGCGGGAUCUUAUGCAAUGGGAGCAGGCUCUCACUUUGGCAAACGGUCUCGCGCCUGAGGAAGUUACUAUAAUUGCCAAAGAGUACGCACAGCAGCUCGAAUUAAACGGCAAGUAUUCAGAGGCCUUCGCCAUGUAUGAGCGCGCACUAUCCACAUCAGAGCAACAUCCGGGCCUCGACGCCGCAAGAGAUGAGCAUCAGAUUACCUGCAGUGCCGGUCUUACACGCAUGACCUUGCGACUUGGUGAUGUUUCGCGGGGAAUGAAGAUGCUUGCUGAAGCCACGGAUAGACAGCUUUUACGUGACUGUGGGGCCAUAUUAGACGUCCUCAAGCAAUACGCCGAGGCCGCGAAAUGCUACGAGCGUGGUGGCUACUGGGAGAAGGCUGCAGAGAUUUGGAUCAAAGCCAAGAGCUGGAACAGAUUGGCAGCCAUUCUGGAUAAAAUAACAGCACCGAAAAUAUUUGCCCAAUACGCCAAAGCCAAAGAAGCUGAGAAGGACUACACUGAAGCCGCCCGCGCGUACGAGAAGGCCAAGGACUACGAUAAUGUCGUUCGAAUUUUCAUUGACCAUCUUCAAAACAUAGAAGGAGCAGUCUCCAUAGUACGCAAAACACGGUCCCGCGAGUCUGCCAAACUUGUAUCCAAGUUCUUCCAAUCCAUAAAAGACUACAAAUCUGUCGUCGAGUUUUUUCUCAUGGCCGGCAUGCGCGAGGAGGCUUUUGAACUUGCUCAACAGCAUGAUGUUAUGGAACAUUUUGCGGAGCUGGUCAAGGAUGAAGCUACUCCGGAGAUUUUAAUCAAUAUUGCGAGUUACCUCGAGAAUAAGAGGCAAUACCUGCUGGCAGGGAAAUAUCUUUUACAGGCUGGCGACUGUCCUCGAGCUCUGCGGAUGUUCUUGCAAUGCCCGCCCACGGAUGAGGAAAGUAUUGAUAUGGCUAUUGAGACUGUGGGAUUGGCCAAAAGCGAUGUACUUACACAUCAGCUGAUUGAUUAUCUGAUGGGAGAAACGGAUGGAAUGCCCAAGGAUGCAAAAUACAUCUUUAAGCUGUACAUGUCGCUUGGACAAUACCGCGAGGCUGCACGAACUGCCAUCAUCAUCGCGCGGGAAGAGCAAGCGCUCGGCAAUUAUAGAACGGCGCACGAUCUUCUCUUUGAUAAUUACAAACAGCUUAGGGGAACCAAAAACCAUGUUCCUGCAGAGAUUGAGCGCAUGUUGAUGCUCCUGCACAGCUAUAUUCUAGUAAAGACUCUCGUUCGCAUCAGCGAACAUGAACAAGCAGCUCGAAUGCUCAUCCGCGUAUCAAAUAACAUUAGCAAAUUCCCCGCUCACAUGGUUCAAAUCCUCACAUCGACUGUUAUUGAAUGUCAUCGUGCUGGAUUGAAACGAGGGGCAUUUGAGUACGCUGCGAUGCUGAUGCGCCCAGAGUACAGGAAUAAGGUGGAUGCAAAAUACAAGAGAAGAAUUGAACAGAUUGUUAGACGUCCGGAAAAGGACGAGAUUGAAGAGUCCUCAUCUCCUUGCCCUUACUGCGGGAACAACGUCCCAGACACCGUUCUCGAUUGUCUUGAAUGCAAAAACCACAUUCCAUACUGCAUUGUUACAGGCCGACACAUGAUCCUUUCAGAUUGGACAACCUGUCCAUCUUGCAACUUUUCCGCUCUGCACUCCCAUUUCACCAACCUCCUCUCAAAAUCCCCUUCCUGUCCCAUGUGUUCCGCAUCCAUACAACCCAAUCAAUUGGUCCUUUUACCAGUAGCCGAAGCCAAAAUCUCGCUCCAGGGAAAGAAACCGACAACCGACGAAGACAUUCAGGAUGAAAAGGUCGAGAAAAGUACCGAGAGGGAAGCGGGGAGCGGGGAGGAAGCAGCGCUACAACAGGAACAGAACCCCAGUGCGGUUAGAGUGGGACAAGAACAAUCUAGGACUUUUCUGAGGCGAAGUAGGGAUAGUGUGCGAGUCGUGAAGGGUGGAUCUAGUGGACAGCUAGCGGCUGGUACAAACGACGGUGUGAAGGCGACUGCCGGAAUAGUUGUAUAG